AUGUCAGAUUUGGAGAACGAAACUUUUGCCGCAGGAAAUAAUGCAAAUGGUGAACCUGAUCUUUUAGAGAACGAGUCUGUGAAUGAAAAUCAGGGACAGUUCCAAGACGAAAUUGAUGAAUCCGAAGUGGCCACUACCGGAUCUAACAAUGUCUCUGCCGUUGCAGAAUGGAAAGAGAAACGUGAAGCACAGAUCGAAGCGAGAGACAAGGCCGAUCGUGAAGCUAAGGAAAGACUGCAAGAAGAAGCUGUGAAACACAUCGAUGAUUUCUAUGAGAAUUACAAUAGGAAAAAGUCUCAGCAGUUGGAGACUGUGAAGAAAGAGUCAGAGGAAUUUUUGAAGAAGAAGAAUGAGUUUUUUUCUCAGGAAAACACUACGACGUGGGAUCGUGUCUUGCAAUUGAUCAAUGAGGAUGACGCAGAUGUGCUUGGCGGUAGAGAUAGAUCUAAAUUCAAGGAGAUUUUGCAAAGGCUAAAGGGCAACACAAGCGCGCCAGCCGCUUAG